AUGAAGAAUACCAUGAUGUCUCUCAAAGGCAAAGCGGCCAUCUCAUUCGCUAAUCGUGCCGCCUUGUCCAUUCGCAGCCCCUACUUCAAGACGAUGUUCAAAAAAGGAGGAUUUCAAGAAUCUGCCAAUGAUGUGGUCCCCAUUGGAUUUUCCAGCACUGUUCUCAAAUCAAUUGUGGAGUACAUCCAUACUGACACCGCAACAAUCUUGGUUUCAGAUUUGGCCGAGCCAUCACCUGAGAUUACAUCAGGUGCCAUGGAAGAAUUCCAGACAUUGUUGUCUCUGACUGAGGCAUCAGUCUAUGUUCAAUUGCCAGGACUCUGCAGAAAAGCUCAGAAAUGCCUUGCUGUUUACAUGAAUGCCAAUCCAUCAAUGGCUUUUGCCGUUCUUGCAGCAUCAAAGCUGGAUGGGCCUGUGAUUUCAGAGGAAAUGAUCAAAUCGGCAUGGAAAAAAAUUACUUGGAUGACUGGAAGCUUAGAUGGAAUUGUUCUUGGGCACAUAUCCGCAACUGCACUUGGAGCCAUCUUUCAAGAUGCCCAUUUCAAGAUUGACAGCACAAAGAGUUUCAAGUUGUGCCGUUUAUGGUCCCAAAGUGAGCCGUCACUUUCCGGUGAGACCAAAGACGACCGCAUUAAUGCUGCCAAGGCCUUGGUUCAAGACUAUGUGGAACUUGAAUUCAUGGAUCCUGAUGAUUUGGAGAAUCUGAUAGUGUCCUCUGGCUUAGUGAAUGAUAACCAACUCACAAGUGCCCUGUUGAAACAGGCGAAGAAAGCCAAACACGAGCACAGAAUUUCUUUUCACAAGCAAAGUUUGGAUGGUAAAAUGCUGGAGUGGAAGAAUUCCAAGUCCAAGCUAUUUUCCUUUUGUAUGAAAUUUGGUUGGCGCAGUGACUUGUUGGAUGGGCCCGUCUUGAUGUUGGGUGGAAAAUAUCAGUGGAUUCUCAAAAUUGGUCUGAAAAACUCUACCUGGAUGCAAGCUCCUUGGCUUGGUGUCACAAAAUCUACGCACAAUCUGAGUCCAACAAAGUCUUGUGGGGACCAGAAGAAUUGCUGGGGUUUCUCUGGUUCUUCUGGACACGCAUAUGACAAUGGUGUGAAACAUGGAUUCCUUGGCCAUGCUGCCGUUUUGCACGCUCAAUCACAACAAGUCACCAUGAUAUUCGAUUUGUCAGAUGGCGCUAUAGACAAUGGGACGCUAACAGUCUUAGUGCAUGGUCAAGGAACAUUCAAGGCAGCUUCCAAUAUGCGCACACAUCUGGUUGGUACCAGUGUUGGUUAUGCGCCUGCUGUUUCAUGCACCAGGGCAACUGUCGAAAUAUUGGAGUUUAAGUUUCUCUAG